GCAUGGUGGAUCUCAAAACACGCAAUCAAAAUCGUUUUCGACCACGAGGAUAACUUCCGCCGGAGCAAGCUGUGCGUGGAACGGGUGUGGGAGCUCAUCCGGGAGCACUUUGGCGUCAAAACGCGCUCCGAUCUGCUGGACUAUUGCUACGCCAAAUUCUGCAAAACCACAUUCUCCGGCCUGUGUGCAAAACUGGCCAAAUGUGCCCGCGAAGAGGACGACCCACUGUGUAGGAAACUGUUCGAGGACGCUGGCCAGGAGCUGGCCCGUUCGGUGUGUGCCCUAUCGCCCCGCAUCAGUCCGACACUGAUCAGCAAAUGCGGCAAGCUGGACAUCGUGUGCGUCGGGUCGGUUUGGCUCAGUUGGGAACUGCUGGAGCCGGGCUUCACCAAGGAGCUGGAAAGUGCCAAAUUCAAAUAUGAUCUGAACCUGCUGAAACUGACCAACACGAUGGCUUUGGGAGCGGCGUACCUGGCUGCGGAUACUUUCGAGCUGGAACUGCCGAGGGAUUAUUCGCAGAACUAUGAAGUAUUUUACGGUCACCGGGCCGUUGUCAAUGGUAGCGCGACGAAUGGUAGCAGCAACGGAAGCAACGGUACCACCACCAAUGGGAACAAGAAUGGUGUAGCGAAUGGUACGAAAAAUGGGACAGCUAACGGAACUAAUGGCACAGCUAAGAAUGGAACGAACGGUACGAUGAACGGGACCAACGGAAACUGAGGCUUGCGAUAAACGAGUUUACUAGGAAUGAAAUUCAAGUGUGCAGGAAGCUUCCUCGUCAGCUAGCGGAUUCGCCAGAGCCGCGCGUACUAUUAUCAUACCAUAAGUGUACCCAGAGAACUGAGAUUUUUACAUAGGCACCAAUUUUACCGUUAGGUUACUUCAAACUAGAUGAGCACAACGCUGUGUAGUAGUGUAAUUGUUGUAAAAAAUAUAUAUAUUCCACAGGCAGUGUAACAAACUGUACAAUUCUGUAUCUAUUUUCCGAAAUAAAGAAAAUAAAUUAUGUGCUGUGUCCAGAA